AUCCAUUCCAGGAAGUACGCCAUCGGUGUCGCUGUGCAUUGUGGGCCACAUGCUAAUGGAGGACAGCAACUGAGCUCCACAUUAGUUUUAAUUUCAAAGCGGUAUUUGACACACACAUUCACACGUAGAGCCGAGCAGCUGAAGAGACAAAGGACGUGACUGUUAUUACGGUGGCGACCGACGUCUGAACCGCCUCGGACAUGUCUGUUCUCGGAGGGCUGCUGAAGGCCGGAGUGUCCUUCUGUCAGUCAGCGGGGACCUUGGCACAAACAGCCCGGUCCGUUUCUACCGGUACGUGCCGUCUGAUCAGGAUGCACGCCAUCCCUCAGCCAAAGGUGGUGGACAGGUGGACGGAGAAGAGGACCAUGUUUGGAGUUUAUGAUAAUGUUGGAAUAUUAGGAGACUUUAAAGCUCACCCCAAGGACCUUAUCAUCGCCCCCUGCUGGUUGAAAGGUUUCAAAGGAAACGAACUUGAGCGACUGAUUCGGAAAAAGAAAAUGGUGGGAGACAGGAUGAUGACGCUGGACAGACACAACUUGGAAAAAAGGAUCCGUUAUCUUUACAGACGGUUCAACCGUUACGGCAAACAUCGCUGAAAACUGGGCCGUGACCCACGCACCACUGGGCCGGACCACGUGGUCAGGACCGUGGAGAAGAAGAAAGCUGUGGAACUCCAGUGUCACGUGUCUGACUUUUUAUAGUUAAUUUAAUCAGUUGUCUGUGAAAAUUCACAUUAAAGUGUUUUCUGCAAACAAA